UUUCAGUUCGCUUUUGUUAUUAUUGAAUUUUCUAUCGUUAUUCCGUCCGGCGAGAAAGAAAGAUUGCGAAAGACAUUUUGGGAUCGAUUGCUUUACCUUAGUGACGAAUUACCAUGACCGCAAUCGAAAGUUCGAACAUGGCGGACGCGCCUGAAGGUGAACCGACCAAAACAAAAUCUAAGAGGGCUAGCCUUGGGCUUCCUUCGAUCCGAAGCUUCUUCGUUAAGAAACCACCACAAGCUCCCCUAAACCAGGAGUCAGGAUAUGACGGUCUUAGACUGAGAAGUGGAAGUACAAUUCGGGACGAAGAGUUUUCUGAGGAGGCUGAGCAGAAAAAGGAUGGCCAAGCGGAAACUGUCAUUUUGGAGAACACCUAUCGUGUAGGACCCGACCCGCUGAAGAAAUUCUCAACCGCUGCUGCCAAGAGAAUCGCCGAAGAAGUGUUGGCCAACAGACUCGCAAAUGUGAGCUACGAUCCGAAGUUUUGUCGGGAUUUAACGCUGCAAAUCUCGGAAGAAGUAAAAUCUCAAGUCAAACUGCUCGGCUUCGAUCGAUACAAGAUCGUGUGUGUGACGCACAUCGGUUCGAAGAUGGGUCAGGCAAUUCGGAUUGGAAGUUUGUGCUGUUGGGACGAAAAAGCCGACAACUUUGUGGAAUGUAGCUUUAUUAACAACUCUCUGUUUGCUGUGGUCUUAAUAUUUGGUGUAUAUCAAGAAUGAAUGAGCAUAUCACAAUGUCUGUGACAACAUCUGCGGUACAGUAAUUUGACGUUUUAAAAGCUUAAAGUUAGCUAUCACAAGCAGUCAGUUUUAUUCCUAUUCUGGGAGUUGGUGUCAUCCUGUUUUCUAUGAAGAAUAUGUAAUUCUUCGACAGAAUUAAACAUGGCCAAAAUG